UCUCGUGCUGCUCCUGCUCUAUCGCAGCUAACUUUUCGUAGGUUUUCAUCCGCUAACGAGCAUAGUUCCGAAGCGCAGUUGUAUUCAGCUACAUACGCUCGUUUUUAAUGGCACCAAAUUAACACGAAUCGGCGAUGCCUUAACUGGAAUCACCGUUUCACGCCUUUCGCGGCCCGAGCGAAAAAUGACAAGCUUUUAGUUCGGGUGUGUGAAAUUGGACACCGCUCGCGUUGAGCUCCCCUUUUCGUGCGGAAGGAUACGGUGUUGGGUCUGACAAUGUGGAUGGAGGUUGUUAAGAUGUCUUCUCGGAGGAUGAAAUGAACUCGAUUGUCGCGACGAAAAGGAAUACCGCAGAGCCGUAGUUCGGAUGCGAAAAGGCCGUUUUUUUCUACGCGAAGGACUCCGGCUGAAGGGGCGAGCAUUGCGGAGGUGGAGAACCCGAGCUGACCUGCUGAUAUUUUCCGCUUGAAGCCGUGUGACUGAAUUCUCUUGAAGUUUUAUGUUCUUCUUCCCUCCUGCGAGGUGCAGUCUGAGUCUUUUUGUACUGUUGGAUGCCAGACGUUUGAAAAACCAAAAAGCGAACAAACAAAGAAAAGGCUUGUUUCUGGUUGAGACUGAGUGGCAUGAACGAGCAGCAGCACAGAAUGGCUGUAGUGGGAACAGACAAGGAACUCAGUGACCUCCUGGAUUUCAGUGCGAUGUUUGCUCCACCAGUGCCUAAUGGGAAGAACAGACCAACCACGCUUGCCAGCAGCCAGUUUGGCGGAUCAAGUAUGGAUGAGCGCAGUGGUUCUGCAACAUGGGCUGCUACGGAACAGAACAGCCCUUCCUUCAGUCAGGGACGGGCCUAUGGAGAAAGCUCCCACUACAAUGAGCAUGAGGGGCUCUCCUCCCCCUUCCUCAGCUCAGGGAUCAUUGGUAAAAACGAAAGGGGACCUUACUCUUUUGGAGCUCAGCCUGGGUUUCUGAACAGUGACAUGGCCUUGCCCAGUCCAGAUGCCAUGUCACCCUCCGAUCUAAAAUCCGCCUCCCAGUUCUACCCCCCAUAUCCAAGCAACCCCCGAAGGCGUCCUGCUGAAGUCAGCAUUGACACUCAGCCAAAGAAGAGGAAAGUUCCUGGCCUUCCGUCGUCAGUCCAUGCCUCAACAUCUGGGGAAGAAUAUCACCGCGACAACACGGGGUAUCCUUCCUCCAAACCCGGGGCAGUGUACCCUGGCUCCUUCUACGUGCAAGAGGGCCUGCACCCGGACCCCUGGGGCUCAUCUGGACCACCUGGCCAGCUGGGCUACACCCCAAUGCUGGGCAGCUCCACUCACAUUGGCCAGCCUGGACCCUUUGCUGCCAUAACCCACCAAGACAGGAUGAAUUACCCUCUCCAUGGCAGUGAUGUGAACAGCAGCCUGCCCUCUGGCUUCCAUUCUAAUUCAGGGGGGUAUGGAGUGUCCAACCACACACCCCCUAUCAACGGUGCAGACAGUCUAAUGGCCAACAGAGGCACCGCGACAGGAAGCUCGGGAGAUGAGAUUGGAAAGGCUUUGGCUUCGAUCUAUCCCCCUGACCACAACAGCAGCAACUUCCCUUCCACCCCAUCUACGCCGGUGGGCUCUCCUCAGGGUGUUGCUGCUGCAUCUCAGUGGUCCCGGCCUCCAGGUCAAGCUACGCUGUCACCAAGCUAUGAGGGUGGGCUGCAUGCAUUGAACAAGGUAGAAGACCGCCUAGAUGAGGCUAUCCAUGUGUUACGCAGCCAUGCAGUGGCAGGGUCCCACUCUGACAUGCACAAUCUGCUGAACCCUGUGUCUUCUGUGCCCAAUGGGGGGCUGGGGGCGCUGGCGCCCUCUUUUUCCAGUGGUGGACUGGCUCUGGGCAGCCGGCAUCCUGCCAUGGUGGGCAGUCACCAUGAGGACCCUGCUAGCCUGCCCCCAAACAAUGCUCUCCUACAUGGUCAUCAUGCCUCUGUCCCUACUCAGCCUGGAGGACAGCCUGAGGGAUUUUCCAGCCUGCCUGGGGGCAUCGUCCGCUCUGCUAACUCCUCCAGCAACUCCGAUGUCAAGAGGGAGGACAAGGAAGAAGAUGAGAACUCUGUUGCGGACAAGUCGGAAGAUGAGAAGAAAGACGGGAAAGGUGCUCGUACACGCACAAGUCAAGAUGAAGAUGAAGAGGAUCUACCUGCCGAAGUGAAGAUUGAGCGGGAACGAGAGCGACGGGUGGCCAACAAUGCCCGUGAGAGGCUGCGAGUACGAGACAUCAACGAAGCCUUCAAGGAGCUGGGCCGUAUGUGCCAGCUGCACCUGAGCAACGAUAAACCUCAGACCAAACUACUCAUCCUGCACCAGGCCGUCAACGUCAUUCUCAACUUGGAGCAGCAAGUGCGAGAGCGAAACCUGAACCCCAAGGCUGCCUGUCUGAAGCGCAGAGAGGAGGAGAAAGUGUCAGGGGUGGUGGGAGACUCUCAGAUGCAGCUAUCAGGGGGACAUCCUGGACUCGGUGGAGAUGGGCACAACCCUGUCAGCCAUAUGUAACGCUCAGAUCCUGUGGAAUUUCCUAGGUUUUAGGAAGAUGUGGCCUUACAAUAUUCUUCCAUCAUUCUUCUAAGUGUGUGCAUAUGUUGAUGUCUGUGUAUAAACAAGUAAUCAAUGCACAUACUAAAUUUUUACGUACUCACAUUCAUACUGCCAAAACUGACACAGCCAACUGACCGCACUCUUGACCAGUGCUACCAGCGCAAAUGUGAAUUCCCCCCCUUUACGUGGGUAUUUGCUUCCAUAAUUGUAUGGAACAUUGAAAUAGUCUUUUUUCUUUUUUUUCUUUUUUUUUUGCGCAAAUGGACACUUUGACACUGCCCAGGAAGUUGCUCGGAGGAAGAGAUCUUUCAAACAGAUGAAAUUAUGAAGCUUUGUGCCUAGUCACAUUUUGUAAGAGACGUUUAAACAAAAUGACAACUUUUUGGAACAAAAUGUUUUGGACUUGCUUAUUUAAGCAGUUGUGGUUUUCAUUUGUUUGGUUUUUAAAUGUAGUUUAUAAUUCAUAUUCGAAAAUAUGUCAUACAGCCCCUGCAGAAUGGAUCUGAAUAUAAUGCCUGAGUUCUAGAAGAUUUCUAAAAUUUUUUUCUAGCUUGAUCUCUGUAAAAACAAUAAUUGGCAGUCACAAGAAUUGGUGAGUGCUUUCUUACCAUCUUGGAUUUACCAAUUUCAGAGUCAUUGAGGAAGACAGUUCAUCUGUUCCUUACCCAAAUUCAAACAUGCAGAGACCCUGCAGUAUUGUCCCCCCAUAGAGUGUCUGUAGAGGGACAUGUUGGUUUGUCUGCAACAAGAAAUUGCUCUGUUUAGGUAUGUUUAUAUGAGUAGCUUGGCUUUGUUUGUAAUGUCAAGACUGACAGGGCAGUUCAGGCUCAGUUGGUCUGUUAAAAUUGCUGUCCAGUGAGAUGCAUAUGUCAUAUCUAGUAUUUUGUUUCCUUUAGCUUCUUAUUUUUGCAGUGUAUUGAUAGUGAAGGCAGGGCCGCACAACUCAACCAAGUUUUUACUUUCAGCACCACUUUCAGCAUUAGCUCAACGUAGGUUACUUGCAGACUCUCAAAGCACACAAGCAGUAUCCAAUUUGAACAAAGUAUAUGUCACUUUCUCUUUUUUGAAGAUGAAGACACCCUCCCUUGCCACAUCAGAAUAGAUGACUUUGAGAGAAUGAUGGAUCUGCGUGUAGGGGGAUCUUUCACUCAGACAUCUCUGAAGCACCUCGCACUGGCCUGCGCAUACUGUACAUCUAUUCAGGCCUGCUUUGUUUUCCAGGGAAGUGUACUGCUUCAAAACACCUUCAUGUUGAGACUUACCAGUUUUAUCUGUAUCGAAGUCCUUAAAAUUAUUUUAUGUAAGAUGCGUAAAAUAUAUUCUAUAUUUUUAUCAGAUUGUACAUUUCAGUUGGUUAAAGAUUAACAAGUUGGGAGUAUAUUAUAUUAGGAAAUGGAAAGGAGUUAAAAUUGCUCCUUUUUUAAAAUCUUUCAUUUGCCAUUCUCUCAGACAUUGUUAAAAAAGAAUGUCAUAUCUUUCAUUUUGUUUUAAACUUAUAUUGAACUAAAGAUGGUCUUCACCAGUUUACUUGCUCUUUCUAGUUGUCUCACCAGUGAGUUGUCUCUUAAUGCUUUUGGGGAGUUUAAUUUCAGCUGUAUUUAGAUUCAUUUAGCUGAUGCUUUUCUCCAAAGCGACUUAGUGCUAU